AUGAAUGAGCCAUCAAUCAGACCGUUCCUGUGCGACAGCAUAGAAAAGUCAAUGUUGAGAACAGAAUGGGAGAAAUGGCUCCGGUCGUUUCAACUGUACCUGAAAGCAGAGGAAGUGCACGACCCCGAGAAAAAGAAAAACAAAUUAUUGCACUUAGGGGGACCGCAACUGCAAGAGGUCAUAUUUAAUCUCCCAGGGGCAUUAGACGAACCGGAGGAUGACGGGAAGACAGAUAAGUUUGAGACACUAACGAGCAAACUAGAAGAAUAUUUCUCCCCCAAACGGAAUUCCACCUUUGAGCGACAUCUCUUCCGGAACAUAAGCCCCGGUGAAGGGGAGGAUGUAAAUAAAUUUCUACUGCGAUUGAGGCACCAAGUAAAAAAGUGCUCCUUUGGUGAAACAAAGAACGAAAUAGAAGAAAUUUGUCUGAAAGACAAAAUCAUCGACACAUGGGCUCCAAUGGAAUUGAAAAAGAAGCUCCUGGAAAGAGAAAGAAGUCUGGCAGAGGUAAUAGAGAUGUAUCAGAUCCACGAACAAGUCAACAAGCACUCGGGUAGCCUCCUCGGGAAAACGGAUAACCCGAUAAACAAGAUCAAUCCACAGGGAAGAUGGGACAAAAGUGGGGAACCCGAGUGCAGCCGAUGCGGACGAAAAGGGCAUAGGAACGACAAUCCGAAUUGCCCAGCUAGAAAUGAGAAAUGUGCAAAGUGCGACUUGAUAGGGCAUUUCGCGCGCAAAUGCAAAACAAAAAUGACAAAGCGGCCUCGGGAAAGAGACGAACAAGAAAGGGGCAAACGACGGCGGGUCGACACAGGAAGAGUAAGAUAUGUAAUAGACGAGGACAAGAAAG